AUGAACUCGCACUCAAUUCACGCAGGACAACAACAACACCCGCCUGACAACAAAUGGCUCCCACAAUGGCAACCUUCCUCGCGAUCAACAUCCCUCAAGGCUGCUGCUCUCUCCACGACCUUUCUCAUCCUUACCUGGCUCUUUGGCAACAGAACCCUACGGAUAAUAGCAUCCUUCAUUCUCGCCACCCCCUUCAUCCUCGUCUUCUCAUUGCUCACCCUCGCUCUCUCCAACAUCGCAUUCUCCAUACUCUAUACCCGCCGUCAACGCACCAACACCAUCACUUCCUCCUCUUCCUCUUCUUUAACAACCCCAAGGCAGCAGCAGCAGCAGAGCCAAAAGAACAACCUCAGGAACAUGCCCGGCCAAACCUCGCGACAUAUGUUCCACUAUCUCCGCCCAGCCAAAUUCACCCGUCCUCUCGCCUGGUCCAAAAUUGAAAAGCAGCGUCGACAGGAACAGGCCGCCAAAUACAGGACACCGAUCGCCGACACCAUGCCCCAGUUCUCCGAAGCCAUUGAUCAGGUCAUCGAGCUCAUCAUGCGCGACUACGUCGCCGGCUGGAUGCGCGCCAUCACCCCCGAAGUCGUCCUUCAGCAACGCAUCGAGGAACUGUUGCGGAUUGUCUUGAUUCGCCUCAAGAGCCGAGUCAUGGAUCUGGAUCUCACCCAGCUGCUCGUCACCCGACUUGUCCCCAAAGUCACUGCCCACGUCAACGACUUUCGCAAAGCGGAAAUGGCUCUCCGAGGCAAUUCUCUCGAACGGUCACUGACAGAAUCCGACGAGCUCGAUAUCAUGGUCGCCGGCAAGUUCAGGAACGGCAAGCUGCACAGAGCUCUUUCGACUUCAAUCUCUACAAAAGCAACCGAGGAAGCUUACCUUCGUAACGUUGUUCAGACCAUCCUCCCGACUCUUCUUCCCAAGAGCGAGGUCCAGAGCGAGAUCCUGAGGCAUUUGUUGCGGGAACUACUCGUCGGUGCAGUGCUACAACCCGUCAUGGAUCUCCUCUCUGACCCAGACUAUUGGAACCAGAACGUGGACCUUUAUACUGGCAAAGCGAUCCGAGAGCAGAAUAUGGUCAAGAAGUUACGCGAGGCAUUGAAGCAACACACGGACAGCUUGGAUGCCGAUUCGAGGAACAUCGAAAACUCUUCGGACCCUUAUGGACCAGGGGCUGACUUGUACAGCUUUGAAGACUUUUUGAAGAUGAUCAAGCGGUGCGACAGUCUGUUGGAUGUCAAGCGUAUCAGGAACACCAUCAUGACCCAGAUGCGGAAAAAGAAGGCCCUGAUCGUUAACCGCGAAAAAGACGACAUUGUUAAUGGGAACAAGGUCGAGGAUAUCAUUGUCUACAUCAACAGGCUGGACAUUGCAAGGAGACGCGCCGAAAAGAGAAUCGAGGCGUUGGGAGGACCCGCUUAUCCCAAGAGACGAACUCGAGACUAUACCCCGGAGGUCAAGAAUGGCCCUUCGCUAAUCAACCUCGAGACGGUCCUUACCAACCCUGCAGGACUAUCCUACUUUAUGGAGUUCCAGGAUCGCAGAGAGAACAUGAACGAACUACAGUUUUGGCUUUUGAUCGACACACUCAACAUCAAGGAGGACGCAGAGUCAAAGACCGAGGCCAAGUCCACAGGAUCACUGAGCUCGGAUGAACGCAUGCUGAUCUCAACCAAGACGAACAUGAGCACACCUUCAUCAACAUUCUCCAAGGGUCGCACAAUCAAAACUCUGGAGCCAUUAACACCAAACUCACUACAAACCGCCGGAGCCGCAGGAACGUCACAUACCACACCUCCACCCGGCAGCAUCAGAGAAAGUCGCAAGAGUUCUGUCGCAACAUUCAUCGACGUGACAGAUACCCUGCGGGAGGAUGUCAGGAUGAUCUACGACACUUAUUUCGCCGACUCUGCGCUUAGACCGGUUGACGUCGACCACAGCCUCAUCAAGGUGUUCAGAGACUUUGCACUCAGCGACACCAGCAGUCUUCGGAGUAUCAGCGACACAGAAGCCAAGGCUCAGGACGAGGUCCAGACUCAGGAGGAGGCUAAGGCAAGCCAUGUGAGGCGCCAGCUGUUGGUGGCACAACGCCAAGUCUUUGAGCAGAUGUUGGCCAAGGAUUACCCCGAAUUUGUCAAGAGCGAUCUUUACUUCAAGUUCCUGACCACCUACCAGAACUCACUCGCAGAGCAGAACGAAGAAGAGGAAUCUCGAACUGCUACCAAGCCCUCAGGUGCCCAACGGACGUCGACAGGGCCAGCCAUCUUAUCCGCGAUUGGGCUUUCAUCUCCCAACAACCGACGUGACGUUCCCGAGAACCCAAAGAGGUCAAGCACAGGAUCAUUCCUCGACAUUUUUGGACUUGGUCGUGACAGAGACAAGGAAAGAGAUAGUCCUCUGAGACGUGCUGAGACGACAAUCGGGAACCUUCGGCCUGGCUUUCUAACUCCCAGCAGUUCACGAUCCAAGACAAGCUCGCCUUCCUCGCCUUCUAUUCAGGCGUUCGAUACAGGAUCCAGCUCCAGUUUAGCUGCCAACCAACGAUCACAAGAGGCGCAACCCAAGAAGAGCCUGGAUGUGCCUUCGACAACCUCACACAUCCCGAACUCUCUUGGACGGACUCGCUCCCUCAGCUCCAUUUCCAAUCCCGAGAUCCCUGUUCGGCCCAGAUCUACCCCGCAAACCACGUCAGCGCACCACAAGAGUUCAUCCGCAAUGGGCCAUGGUCGUGACAACUCACUCGACCUGACCGACACCGAGGCACUGAGCAAAUCGAUCACUGAGGACGACAAUUCAGCUCUGCGCGACUCUUUGCUGAUGGAACUUCAGGAGCAGGAGGAGGAGGACGACGACGUGGCGAUUGCAGGCGGACUGGCGAUUCCCCGUAUGCCCAAGAAGAAGCGCACCGACGUCAUUGACAAGAUGCAAGCAGCACUUUCGUCUAUCAUGGAGAACCAGGACGGUCCGCAGGAGGAUCUUGCUGGAACAGGGAAGGAGAAGGAGGUGGAUCCUACAGACCCAGCAUUUUCGACCGCCCGAGAUGGCCAACCAGGAGCAGCUGCAUUAAUGGAAUGGGGCAAGUCUCAGGAGAAGACAUCCAGAAAGCGUUUCAAGGAGAAGACCCUCGAAACAGGGAAGACUGUGCGCGUCAAGUCUCGAGAGCCAUCCGAGGUGAAGCGUUUUCCUCUGAACAGUGUGUUUAAGACGGAGAAGCCAAAGUCGACGUCCGAGUCACAGUCGGAAAAGUCCCUACCGUCAUCACAACGGAACUCGAUCUUUAGCGACAACGACGAGGGUGAUGAUCACAAACCAGAUGGAGUCGGCCGACUAGUGAACGACUCUGCGAAGGGAUACACUACGACGACAGUGGAGAAACGACAGGCCACGAAAACGAAGGAUGUAGCAGAGUCGAUCAGCGAUACCGUACAGGAGAAUGUACACCUUGCGGCACCUGGCGAUUUGCUUUUGGCAGCGAGGAUCAAGGAAUUGGAUCUGGAAAUUGAGAAAUCGCGUAAGCAGGAGGCCAUCGUUGAGACGCUGAUCCAAAAGGCUGAGUACAAAGGACGUCAGGAUGAGCUAAGGAUCCUGAAAAAGUCCAAGUCGGCACUGCGGCGAGAAAUCUUGAGUAUGGAGUACCAGAAGACCCAAUACGAGGUUCAAGAGGAAGAGAAUAUGAUCAUGCCUGGGCGAUCGACAAUCAACAUUACAUCGUCGACCGUUGGGCACGAUGGGUCCAAGGAAUUUGCGCUCUAUGUGAUUGAGGUGCACCAACUUGCUCAAGAUGGAUCAUAUGCGUCAGGUUGGGUCAUUGCUCGUCGUUACUCAGAGUUUUUUGCCCUCCAUCAACAACUCAAGGAAAAGUUUUCGUCUAUUGUUCGUCAGUACGAGCUGCCAGGAAAACGCGGAUUCUUGAAGCUUCAAAGGUCAUUUGUCGAGGGUCGCAGGAUCGGACUGGAGCGGUAUUUGCAGUCGUUGGUGCGGCAUGUCGAGAUCUGCCAGUCACAGGAGUUGCGAGCCUUCCUUUCCCAGGAGAAUGUUGCCCUGCCCCAGUUCUCGGCUUCGACACCGGCAUUCGCAGAUUAUUUUUUUGAUUCGGAACAGGACAAGGGCAAGACAAGCGCAGGAUCAUCGGUUCCGACCACACCCUCCAACCAACACUUUUUCGAGCAACUGUUCCACUCGGCGACGUCGCCUUUGCAUUCUCCUGUGGCCACCCGGGACCCCUCAAAGGGAUUGCUGCAGUCGGCGUCUGGCAUCAUGGGUGGGGACGGUUCUGGUAUACUACAGGAAGCGCGAGAGGCGGAGGAGAACCCGAAUGAGGGCUUCAUGAAACACAUCUACCAGACAGUAUCGGAGGGUCUAGAUGAUAUGUUUAGCGGAGGGCCCCCGGCUGUUCUUGGUAACAUCACCAAGCAGCUGGGCAACCAGAUGAUGCAAUUUUCGACAGAGGAUGAAGAUGGAACGACGGCGGUCUCGUCAGCCGGAAGUGUGAGCUCGCGGAGGAGACAUGGUAGUCACGACGAGAGCGGGAGCGUCAGGUUGCACGUCGAUACUGCCUCGGAUGGACUGGGUCCACUCGUUCAACAACCGCCUCAGCGUCCGCCACUACUGAGGAUUCAGAGUUCAAGGAGUCGCCGAUUGAGCUCACCAGAUCCACAUACACAACAUCAAAAACUACAGAUCCAACGACAGGAGCAGCAAAGCCUUCAGAACAGUCGUCAAUCGAGUUUUCAGGAACAGCAGCAACUCGCUCACCAACAACAAUUGCAGCAUCAACUGCAACAACAACAGUUGGCCCAACAGCAGCAGCAACAACAACAACAACAACAACAACUGCAACAGUCGCGACCAGCAGUGGUGGAGGCAGAAGGAGUGACUAUGUUUACAGAGCCCCUUUGCGAUCUCUUUAUUGAGCUGUUCGAGCUGAAGGAGAAGAACAAUUGGUUGAGACGACAGGCGGUUGUGAUCAUCUUGCAGACGGUGCUUGGAGGAACGAUUGAGCGCAAGUUGAGGGACACGAUCAAGGCGUACAUUGAGGAGAACAUGCUGACGUUCUAUGUGACCAAGCUGCGCGACUCUCUUUGGCCACCGACUCCGAUUACACCUCCGGCUUCGUCUACGGGUCUAUCGGGUGGAUUUGAAGUCAUUGAUUAUGAUUUGGGUCAUUCACCAGCCAUGUCGCCCAAGGUUGGAGGAGGAGGAUCUCCUGGAGGGAUGUCGAGUCCAGGAGUAGGUACAGGAACAUCACCCGCAGCUACCGCAGCUCCCAAGAGGCCUGUCAGGACAGCAGAACAGAAGGCGACGACCAAGGACCAAGCAAACCGCAAGUUGUCUGCGUUCUUGCCCGAGUUAUUAGGAAACAUGGUGGGACAACAGAAUGCUCGACGUGGAGCACGACGGCUUUUUGCAGCGUUCCAGAAUCGUCGUCUCAACCAGCAGUUGGUGUACACGACUUUGGAUGAAGUGAUUGCGGCGAUCUGGCCUGAGCUGGAUCCUACAUUGUCGACAUCUACGGCGGCGACGAACGCAUCUGGGUUUGCCGCUGAGGCGAGCAGUGCGGGGGGACAAGGAGGAGGUGGAGGUGGUAGAAAUGGUGGUGGUGGUGGUAGUGGUGGUGGCGCAGCGCCAGGACAGACGUCGAAUGCGACGACGAGUACGACCACCACGACUGCUUCGUCUUCUACGAACUUUUCACAUUCCUCGCCGGGUUAUAUGGGAGGUGGAGCUGCAGCCGCAUUGGCCAUGUCGGCCGUCAUUUGA